AUCUCAAAAAUGUGUUCGCCGAUGAGUAUUCCGAAGAAAAAGUUCAUUGACGACUUCACGUUUAUCUGUACAAAGAAUCCCAACGUUAAACUUGCCGAUCAAGUUAAGAAAUUGAACGAAUACAAGCCGUGGCGGGAUUUGCCAAUUCUUGACAAAAUCAAUUAUCUUGAAAAAUUCUCCGAAAACGAAAAAGAAACAUUGAAGGGAUUGUGGCACUGGUUCAAAAAAUGGAUCGAAGCGGAAAGAAUCCUCGUCUCUGUGAAGAUUGGCUCUGAACGGGCAACAACUACGAAAACUAGAUUCGAUGAUGAUAAUCGUGCUAAAAAAUUGGUUCUUGAUGUCAAAGACAAGAAGCAGAAAGGAAAGAAAAAUAAUGAACAGUUUCUACCAAAAACGUAUGUCAAAUACAAUGCUGAAAUUGGCAGAGUUAAGACAUGGGACAUGAAGGGUAAAGAAGGAGAACAUAAACAGGUGAAGGUCUACCAGCUUUGGCAUUUUGACUUCUCUGAGCAACACGAUGGACGAUAUUUCUGUAGAAGUUAUAUCAAGAAGGUUGUACCUGAAGAUUGGCCAGUCCAAUACCCAACAGCUACAAACCCGUUCCACGAGGAGUUGGGAAAUCAAGGAUGUAUUCAUGAAACCGCUCAGUAUCUUUCCCAAUUCAUCAACAUUCACGACGCGAAUUUUGUCGAAAAACUAGACAUUGAUGUCAAAUACUGGUCUCAGCUCUUCUCUAUCGAAAAGUUCAGACACAUCCGAAAUCUCAGAAUAGUGCACAAUGCGCCUGGAUCAACACAUUGGUGGCUGAACAGAAUUAACACAAUGCGAACUAUUCCAGAAGUAACAAUUGCGCGAAACUAUACUGGAGACUUUGUUGAGGAAAAGGAGUAUCGUAGUAGAAGAAAUGCAGUCAUGCACCAUGAAGUUAUGCCGUACGUGAUUCCAUUCGAAGAACGUGAGAUGCCGAAUUGGGUAGAGAAGACUUCGUAUUGCAAUUAUCCGAUCUUCUGGGCGAAACGAAUCAUCUUUGAGAAUACUAUUGAGAACCCUCUUACCGAUUUGGCAAGAAUGAGCUCGUUGGCUGAGGUCAACUUAAACCGUUAUAUUCUUCCGAAUUCGGAACUUCUCGAAUUUCUCCAAAUGUGGUCAAACGGACAGAUGGGUCACCGUCUGCGGAGUGUCACUAUCAAUCUCGAUUGCCCGUUAUCAAAGAGCGAACCGAUUUUGAAUGGUCUCCAAUAUUCGAAGACAAGCGAUAUUGAGUUAUCGUCUCCGCUUACGAAGGCUGUUGAAAAGAACAACUAUAUUUCGUACGUUCUAUAUCGUGAGUGGAAAGUGUUGCGUCCCGAUGGCCUGCAAUCGACACGUGGUUUUCAAAAAGAAUCUCUUUCGUCUGGGUAUGGAAGCUCUCUUCCUGGUUCCGGACCUUCGACUCCUCCAUCGGAAUCAAAUAUAGAAGAAGCAGGAGUUACUCCGACGAACGCCGAAUCCAAAAACAUGUCCUCAGGGCAGCACAGUAAACAAAACUCAAGUGAUGAGACUCAAUCUCGAGACCGAUCUGGUUCGGGUGUAUCAGGAACUUCAUCGAAUGGCGAGGUAUCAUCUACUCCGGGUAGGACUGUUUGGCACGGAGGUGCGUGUGCAUUGCUCCAGAUUUCCCAAGAUAAGAAGAACAUUUUGUUCACGGCAAUUCACAACGAGAAGUUCGCAUGCGAACUUGCUAGAUUCCGCUUUUCUACAUCUAAAUAAAUGUCCACCAACAUUCAUUUAAAAAUUGUAUCUAUCGUUGUAUGAUAACUAAUCUUUAAAAUUUUUCCGACUUCCAAUUGAUCGCAAGUUUGUGAAACCAUAAAUAGCUUAACCCUGU